AUGACUCUAAUUGUUGCGUCUUUGUUCUUGCCUCACAGGCCACAGUUUGAAGUAACUGCCUCGGCUGGCGAGACACAGGAACUGAUUGAGAACAACCUUGUGAAGCUGAACCCAUUGGCUUCGAACGAGGCCUCUCCUCAGGCUAGACCUAACCUUGACAACUAUAUCAGAAACACACGCAGUGCGCUUAACGUCCCCUUUGCCCAGGGCCGCAAUGUCUCCCAGGAGUCGCUUCUGUCGCUGAACAAUGCGGGAAACACCUCGGGCAACAUCGAUGACCUGGUCUCCUCAGAGCAGUUCCUGGUCAACUUGACCGCAAACGCUACUGCUUCUGGCACACCAAACCCUUCUUACCACACAAAGGGUAACAUGGGCAGGCCCAACCUCGGUGCCGGUGGCUCCGCUGAGGAGUUCUUCAGCACCUCCAAUCCGCCUUCCAACAGAGGUGCGUCGCCAGUGCUGUCAAUUGCCUCUGCGCCACAGGUCCAGAACAACUUGGACUCGACUUUGAACAAUAGGGGCUCCCCUCCACCACAGCAACUUGACAGCCAGAUGGCGGACCCAACUGCGCAUCUGUUGAAGAACGUCUCCAAGUCGCUGCUGACUCAGUCGUUGCAUGACUCGACGAAAGAGGCGUCUGCGCCAAUGCCUAGCUCCAGUGCGAACUCGAUGGGCCAGUCCCGUUACAACCACGCCAACACUUCUAUCGGCACCGCAGUGACCCCUAAGUCGCGUCCGUUGCCUGGUCACUCCAACAGUAGCUCCAUUAUAGACUUCUCGCUAAGUAGAAACAAGCAGCAUGCACCCGCGUUGCCCGCAUUGAGACGUAUCCAGAAGAACAAGGUCGGCUCCCCCACCAAACCUUCCCCCUUGAACACACAACCUCAAUCCUCCAACUUAAAGUACUCCAAGACAUUACACCAGAUGCACGGCGAUAGCGCUUAUAACUCAGACUGGACUACUGGCGACGACAGUGAUCACCUUGAAGAACACGAGGAGCCUGAUAACGACGAUGACUUGAGACAGGAAUACCUGGUUCCUCAGUUCGGCGGCUUCUCAACUACUAGUAAGGUUAGGGAAACUCUGCUAAAGAGCUCUAGAGAGCUGUUUGCGCAGUUGCCAUGGACCAUUGUCAACAGCGAUAAAGGGAACGGAUCCUUGAAGAAUGCCGUUAACACCGCUGUUAAUGAAAAGACCACGAAAGAAAAUGUGAAAUGGGUUGGUACCAUGGGGAUCCCCACUGAUGAAAUUCCUGAUGAAAUCGUUGAAAACAUCGCUAAAGUGAUGGAAGAACAAUACAACUGCGGGGCAGUUGUUACUGAUGAUAUUACCUUCAAAGGUGCAUACAAGAACUACUGUAAACAGAUUUUAUGGCCAACUUUGCAAUAUCAGAUUCCUGAUAAUCCAAAGUCAAAGGCCUUUGAAGACCACUCAUGGCAAUACUACCACAGACUGAACCAACAGUUUGCUGAAAAGAUUAUUAAUGUCUAUAAGGAUGGUGAUAUCAUUUGGAUUCACGAUUAUCAUUUAAUGCUGGUUCCUGGAAUGGUUCGUGAAGUUUUCCCAGAUGCUAAGAUAGGUUUCUUCCUACACGUAUCCUUCCCAAGUAGCGAAGUCUUUAGAUGCUUGGCACAUAGAGAAGAAAUCUUGGAGGGAUUGAUCGGUGCCAAUUCUCUAGGUUUUCAAACCAAGGAAUAUGCAAGACACUUCUUGCAGACAUCUAAUAGAUUACUUGCAGCUGAUGUUUCUGAUGAUGAGUUAAAGUAUGAUGGUAGAAUUGUUUCUGUAAAACAAGUCCCAGUUGGUAUUGAUUACUUCACUUUAAGAGAGAAACUGAAAGAUGAAAAUGUCUUGCAAUGGCGUCAUCUGAUUAAGGAAAGAUGGCACGGUAAAAAGCUAAUUGUUUGUAGGGACCAAUUUGACAGAAUCCGUGGACUAUACAAGAAAAUGUUGGCUUAUGAACGGUUCUUAAAAGACAAUCCUCAAUACAUUGAAAAUGUCGUCCUGGUUCAAGUCUGUAUUGGUAAAAGUACGGAUCUAGAGCUGGAACGUCAAAUUAUGGUAGUUGUUGAUAGAAUCAAUUCAAUGUCUCCAAAUAUUAGUUUGAUUCAGCCCGUGGUAUUCUUACACCAGGAAUUGGACUUCCCUCAAUACCUUGCAUUGAAUUCUGAAGCCGAUUUAUUUAUGGUUAAUGCUCUGCGUGAAGGUAUGAAUUUAACCUGUCAUGAAUUUAUUGGAUGCUCAUCUGAUAAAAAUGCACCAUUAAUUUUAUCGGAGUUUACUGGUAGUUCUUCUGUAUUGUCCGAGGGUGCUAUGCUUGUGAAUCCAUGGGAUAUUAAGCAGGUAGCCGCUUGCAUUAAAGAGGGUUUGGAAAUGUCCAGGGAAGAAAAGAAGAGGAAUUGGAAGAAAAUGGUCAAGAGUGUUAUAACUCAUGACUCUGAUAGCUGGUUCGUAAGCUGUUUACAGAACUUGAAUAACUCAUGGGAAUUCACCAAAGAGAGAUCAACUGUUUUCAAUCUCAGAUUUGAGACUUUCUCUGAUGACUAUAAUGAUACUAGCAAGAGAUUGUUUAUAUUCAAGAUAUCUGAACCUCCAAAUUCAAGAAUGAUAUCUGUACUGAAUGAACUUUCUUCCAAGAAUCGUGUCUAUAUCAUGAACUCUUUUUCAAAAGUUGUUAAUGAAAGUCUAUAUAGUAGAGUCAACAACAUUGGAUUGAUAGCUGAAAAUGGUGCCUUCGUCAGACUAAAUGGUGAUUGGUAUAAUAUUGUGGAAGAUGUUAAUUGGAGGGCAGAAGUUGUUAAGAUCUUGGAAGAUAAAGUUGAACGUCUACCUGGGUCUUAUUACAAGAUCGCAGACUCUAUGAUUAGGUUCCACACCGAAAAUGCCGAGGAUCAAGAACGUGUUUCAGGUGUGAUCGGUGAAGCUAUCACACAUAUUAAUACUUUAUUUGAUGACGCAGGUAUACAUGCGUACUUGCACAAAAACAUUGUAUUUGUUCAACAAACUGGUCUAUCACUAAACGCAGUCAAAUUUCUUUUAAGGUAUUACAAUACUGCUGCUAGUGGAGACAAUGUCACACCAAUGAUAAACUCUGAACAAUCGCCACGCAGCAGAAGUGACAGUAUUUCAGUAUCCCAAAAACCAAUCGACUUCCUUUGUAUCUCUGGUUCUUCUUCACCUGUUAUUGAGCCAUUGUUUAAACUGGUGAAGGAUCAAAGAAACUCGGGAAUGCUACGUCACGGACAUUCCAUAGUCUAUGGAGACACAACAUCCUCAUACGCCAGGGAGCAUGUAAACGGUUCGAAUGGACUAUUCAAUGUGCUUAACAGGUUAAUGAGAUCAUGA